GCAGGAUAUCUGAACUCUUGACGACGGGCGAAGUAGGUAUGUGGAUGGGCCACUACGGAGACGAGAAUGCCAACAUCCACGUGACGGAAGGGAUGAAUCCAACGACCCGUGCGGAACUCAACCUCAAGGAGAAGCAGCGCAUGUCCAAGAUGAACGACACAAUCGAGAAUCUCCGCAAGGAACUCGAAGCCGCAGGCGUGUCGACCAAAAUGAACAAGCAGUCGAUCCUGGACAACACGCUCCAUUACAUGACGAUGCUGCAGAACGACGUCGUGAUUGCCAAGCAAAAAGCCGAGUACGCGCUUCGAAUGGCACCGUCCAUGAUCACGUCGUCGCAGUCCCCGUUCGAGCGUUACUUCGACAGGUCCAGCGUGCCCAAAUGUAUGAUCACCACGGACGUCGUCCUCGUGCGUGCAAACCAGGCAUUCCUUAUCCUAUCUGGGUACACCGAGAGUGCGCUACGGCGCCCUGCGACACUACUCUCGUGCUUGAGUGUUGACACGUCCCGAGUCCGCACCAUUGUUCGCCAUGCAGUAGACACCCGACGUCCUGUCCAUGCCGCUGUCGAGAAUGGCUUUGCAGCGUCGCGCGCGAUGAAUAACCUCGUCUUCACGGCAGUCUUUGACCCGAGCGGCACCGUCGUCGACUGUAUCGAGGUCGUGGUCACGACCCACAACGUCCAGUCCAAUCCGACGGGAGUCAUCGUGUGAGUAAAAUGUGCACAAUAAUUAGGAAUCCUCGUCGCCGUGCAAUGACCAACUUUUUUUGAGUGGGC